GUCAGUGCAUGCGCUAGUAUCGAACCUGAGUGUGCACUGGCUUUUCGCUCACUCUGCAGUCGUGCUCGGGACAGAGACAAUGCUGACCAAGGAGCCGAUUCCCGUCGUCCAACUGGGCCACUCGACCCUAACCAUCGACCGACACGACCUGACGCCUGAGCUUCUGGAGGUGGCCAGGGCGGAACUUCGCGAGAACCCUGAUGUUGUGGCCAAGGCUGUGGAAGAAUUGCGCGAUUUGCUGAAGGCCGACAAGGAGUUGAACGUGCCUUGGGAGAAUGACGAAUAUCUCAUUAUGUUCCUCCGCCCUUGCAAAUUUUACGCCGAAAGCGCCUAUCAACAGGUCAAGAGAUAUUACCAGUUCAAGGUGAAACACAGCAAAGUUUACGCUGGCUUGAUCCCUUCAAAGGAGAAAAACAUAUUCGAGCAGGAUAUACUGACCGUUCUGCCCAACAGAGACAACAAAGGCCGUCGCAUCCUGGUAAUGGAACUUGGAAAGAAGUGGAAGCACAACGAGUGCAGCUUGGAUGAGGUUUUCAAAGGAUGCGUCCUGUUCGUUGAAGCUGCGCUACUGGAACCUUGCUCUCAGGUGGCUGGUUCCGUCGUGAUCUUUGAUAUGGACGGAUUAUCUUUACAACAGGUCUGUCAAUUCACGCCGCCCUUCGCCAAAAGAAUCGUCGACUGGCUUCAGGAUAGCAUUCCCAUGAGAGUCAAGGGCGUUCACAUCGUCAACCAACCGUACAUUUUCAACAUGGUAUUCGCACUGUUCAAGCCGUUCCUGCGAGAGAAGCUAAAGAAUAGGAUUUUCUUCCACGGCAAGGAUCGCGCCUCUCUCCAGAAGCACAUUAACAAAGAGGCCUUGUUGCCCUGCUACAAGGGCGAGUGUGAUGCGCAAAGACUCACUGGCAUGGACUGGUACAAGCUAUUGUCUCAGCUUGACAAGGAAUACCAAGCCGUUAAUUCCUAUGGAUACAAUAACAACAACCCUGACAAGAUUGAAGGAUGAACUCUCUGAUGCAAUUUACUACAAAUUGUGAUAUUUUUUAUUUAAUUUAAGGCGGAAUUGUGUUUGAUUUAACUAUAUUUUUAGAUUUUUACGUUUGUUUGGUUUAUUUUUUGUCCACAAUAUAUAAAAAUUAUUGUAAGAAAAUCUUCA